UUCUACGUCUCACUCGUCUCUCACCUCACCUUGGCCAAGGAGCAAGAAGCCAGAGUUCAGCCAACUUUACCAGCCAAUGACUUCAGAAGCACAGGACGUCGUUAACAUGGCAAAGACAAAUGUUCUUUUUGGUGCUGUCAUCGUAGCAUCUUGUUUUCUCCUCAGUGCAUCAACAGAAUGUAUAGAAGAGAAGACUGUCGCUGAUAUUGUCUUCCUGGUUGAUGGAUCUGAGAGUAUUGGAACUGAGAACUUCCAGCGUAUCCGGGAAUUCCUCCACACUCUGGUCGACGGCUUUGAUGUUAGUCCUGAUCAUGUCCGUAUUGGCAUGGUGCAGUACAGCAACAUUAUGCACACAGAGUUCAGUCUCAACACCUAUCAGAAUAAAGCACAGAUUCUUGAGCACAUUGACAAGCUGGGUUAUAUAAUGGGGAAAACACUAACUGGCGAGGGACUGAACUUCAUCCUGAAGGAGCACUUUGUGCAAAGUGCAGGAAGCCGUGCCAGUGAAAAAGUGCCCCAGAUAGCUGUUGUUAUCACAGACGGCAUGGCAGACGACGAUGUGGGGCCACAUGCGAUGGAUCUAAAGAAUCAGGGGAUCAUCGUUUACGCCAUCGGUGUCAAAGAUGCAGUUGAGUUGGAGCUGAGACAGAUUGCUAGUGAACCUCAGGACCAGCAUGUGUACAGCGUCUCUGACUUCACUGCUCUUCAGAGCAUCACUCAGAAGAUCGUCCAGAAGCUGUGCUUCGAGGUGGAGGAGGUCAUAAGUCACACCACUCAGGUGGUCAUCAGUCACACCAUAACUCAGGUUUCUACAGAUUGUCAGCAUGCAACCGUUGCUGACAUUGUGUUCCUUGUGGAUUGCUCGGGUAGCAUUGGUCACGAUAGCUUUAACCAGAUGAAGCAGUUCCUCAAGUCAUUUGUGAGUGGACUACCUGUAGCCAAACACCAGGUGCGCAUAGGCCUAGCACAGUUUGAUCAUCAAACCUACCAGGAGUUCCUGCUGAAGGAUCAUGACAACGUCAAAGAUGUACUUGACAAAAUUGACCAACUUCAGUAUCAUAAAGGAGCAACUUAUUUGGGCAGUGCCCUUACCUUCCUUCAGGAAAACUACUUUACCCCAGAGGGGGGCAGCCGAGACAGUGUUCCUAAAAUUGCCAUCGUGAUAACAGAUGGCGCCUCCAUGGAUGCAGUGGCUGAACCAGCCCUAAAGUUACGGAGCCAUGGGGUUGUCAUCUUCGCCGUUGGUGUUGGAUACUAUGAUGCUGCACAGCUAAGAACAGUCGCUAGCAGUCCUAGUGAGCAAUUCUUGAUCAGCAUCCACGACUACCAGGAGCUGCAGAAAGUAAUGGACAACAUGCGGAAAACAGUUUGCACCUCGGUGGAGAUUCAAGCACAGGUUUUAGCACCAAAAUAUGCUGAAGUUUUCUUCCUUGUGGACAGUUCAGCUCAGUCCCAUAUUCAGGCCAUAAGAGAAAUGCUCAUUCGACUAGCCAACCAACUCAAUGUAAACAAGGAAGGCAAUCGCAUGGGCCUGGCUCAGUAUGGGUCUACUGUUUCUGUGGAGUUUCAGCUGGACCAGUACACCUCUGAAUCUGAAGUUGUGGAUCAUAUCAAAAGGUUUACAUUGACAGGUAGUCAGAUGCGUAAAACUGGAGGAGCAAUAUCUUAUGCCAGCCAUAAUUUUUUCUCCUUGGAGGAUGGCACCCGAGGAUAUAAGCAGUAUUUGGUGCUCAUUACUUCGGGGAAAUCAGAUGAUAAUGUGAUGGAAGCGUCAAACGUUAUUAAAGAUCAAGGUGUGACUGUACUUACUGUUGGGCUUGACCAAGCUGACCGGGUGGAGCUUGAAAUCAUUGCAACACAGUCUUAUGUCUUUAUUGGACAAUGCACUCAACAGAUAAUACAAGGCAUAGCUACUGCUGACAAUACCAUCGACAUCAAAGAUACUGUCAAAGAGAAGAUUCAGGGCAUCUCUCAGAUGAUCGUCCAUGUGCUCUGCACCACCGUUGUGACCGCGGAGCCCAAGAAUCCGACCAUUGUGAUGCCGGGGAAGGAGCCCAAGAAUCCGACCAUUGUGGUGACCGGGAAUGAGCCCAAGAAUCCAACCACCAUUGUGACCGUGGAGGAGCCCAAGAAUCCGACCAUUGUGGUGACCACAAAGAAGCCCAAAAAUCCAACAAACGUGGUGAUCGUGGCCAAAACUCCUCCUGCUCCUCCUCAGACCUCUCAUUGUUCCGAAGGUAGUGCAGGUCAUUUAUCAGAAGGUGGACAUAAUAAUAAUGGACAAUACAUUCAACAUACUAAACAAGACAUCAAGAUACUUUUUGACUCUGAGAAGAUCCCCAAAGUUUCUCAUGACUGUAUCCAAACAGACAAAGCAGAUAUCUAUUUUUUGAUUGACCACUCAACCAGCAUUCGCUACAAGGAUUUUCGGCAUAUUAAAAAGUUUGUUUUGGAGCUCAUAUGGAUGUUUCGUAUUGGCCCGCACAAAGUACGUGUUGGCCUGGUAAAGUUUUCAAACAGUCCAAAGCUGGAGUUCAGACUGUCUCAAUACACAGACAGAGAGUCUCUGGAGGACGCUGUGAUCGCUGUCCACCAAACCGGUGGUAACACCUACAUCGGACAUGCUUUAAAUUUCAUGAGUCCACUUUUUAAAGAAACUAUGGAGGACCGUGGUCAUGCGGUUCCCAAGUACCUCAUUGUAAUAACAGAUGCAAACUCACAUGACAAUGUUGAAGUGCCAGCAAAGCGGCUUCGCCAGCAGGGAAUCACCAUCUAUGCCAUUGGUUUGAAGGGUGCCAAUGAGAGGGAGCUGGAUUACAUUUCUGGUGACCCUAAGAGGAAGUACUUAAUUAAUAACUUUAAUGCCUUCAUACCAAUGAAGGAUGAUAUUGUGAAAGACAUAUGCUCUCAAUCAGCAUGCAAGAACAUGCUGGCUGAUGUCAUAUUCCUGGUGGACGGCUCUGGGAGCAUUGACUCGGAUGAAUUCUACAAGAUAAAGAGAUUCAUCAAUGUGCUGAUUCAGCGCUCCAUCCAGGUCCAUCCCGACGCCGUGCGUGUGGGUCUGCUGCAGUACAGUGGCACCCUAAGGGUGGAGUACACGCUGUGCGCCCCCCAAACUCUCAGGGGCUUCUUGCAGACGGUGAACUUAAUGUGGCAGCUGAGUGGGACCACUCUGACUGGUGGAGCUCUCAGUCUCACUUCACAGUUCUUUGACACCUCGAAGGGCGGGCGUCCCGGCGUCCCAAAGAUCCUCAUCGUUCUGACCGAUGGAGAGGCACGGGAUGAUGUGGUGAGGCCCGCGCGAGCUCUGAGGAGGAAGAACAUCAUCAUCUACUCCGUUGGUGUGGAGCGCGCCAACGUCACCCAGCUGAGGGAGAUUAGUGGCCGCCCGGGCAGGCUGUUUAUGGAGACAAACUUUGAUGCCCUCCAGAAUUUGGAGAGUGAUAUUUUGCCUAAGAUCUGUCAGCCCGACAAGCCUGACACUACUUACAAGCCAGACAAGCCGGACACCACUCACAUGCCAGACACUACUGACAAAACUGUCAUUAAUUGCUCAACAACUCAGGUGGCGGAUAUGAUCUUCCUGGUGGAUGGCUCAUCCAGUAUUUAUCCGGAUCAAUACAAGAGCAUGGAGCGCUUUAUGAUGUCAGUCGUUGACAGCAUGAAUGUCGGUGAGGACCAUGUCCGUUUUGGGGCCAUUGUCUACUCAACCGCCGCAGAGUCAAAGUUCACUCUGAACCAGUUCAAAACCGCAGAGGAAGUACGGAAUGCCAUAGCGAACCUUAACCAGCCAGGAGGAAUCACCUCCACUGGUGCUGCUCUUCGCUAUGCACUGGACUACUUUGGACAAUCGUAUGGUGGCCGUCGGGAGAAAAAAGUCCCCCAGAUCCUUUUUGUAAUUACUGAUGGAGCUGCCACAGACCCUGAAUUGCUUCCUGUAUCGUCUCUAGAGGUCCUGAGUGAAGGCAUCAUGAUAUAUGGCAUUGGGGUGGCUGGGGCCAUGAUGACUGAGCUGCAGGUAAUGACGGGAGGCAAAAAUAAGAGGGUCUUUUAUGUGGACAAUUUUGAUGCUUUGGAGACCCUACAAAAGAAGAUCUCCAAAGAGCUUUGCGAAGACGACAAACAGAAUGUGAGUCUAAGGCCCUGAGUUUGGCGGCGGAGCGGGAAACGGUAAACUACGUCAAGGCUGGGGCUCUGAAAUGGGCGAGACCUCUCUGGUGAAGUGAAUUUGAAUAAACCAAUGACAUGCAUCCUGCGAUAUCGGCUGCAAGACAUCAACCCGUCAUGACAGGGUGUCAAAAACAGUAGCCUAUAAAUGUGUCAUUGUGUCAUUAAAGUAAUUUGUUGAAUUGA